AUGGCUUAUAAUAAUAAUAAUAAUAAUAAUAAUAACUAUCUCGUCACCCUAUUAUUGAUACCUACAAUAUUAGUACUAUUACUAAGCUUUGCCGCACAACCAUGGCCAACAGCGGGGGCGGUAACCGACGCUGAAAUACUCCUCCAAUUCAAAAAAUCUCUAUCCAAUGACAGAGUAGUGCUGGCCAAUUGGAACACAUCCGUUCCGCUAUGCGUUGGAAACACAAACAGCAGUAACUGGACAGGGUUGACAUGCAUGAAUGGAAACUUAUACGGAUUGAGACUGGAAAACAUGGGACUAUCGGGGACGAUCGACGUGGAGACGCUGUCGAAGCUGUCAAUUAGUCUCCGAAGCCUGAGCGUGAAGGGAAACCACUUCGGCGGUGGAAUCCCUCAGGUGAGACUGCUUGGUGCGUUGAGAUCCUUGUACUUGUCGUACAAUGAGUUUUCUGGGGUGAUCCCCGACGAUACUUUUGAAGGAAUGGCGUACUUGAAGAAAGUUCACUUGGCCAGAAAUGAGUUUGAUGGGGUAUUGCCCAAGUCGCUUGUGAGGUUGAGUAAGCUUAUGGAGUUGAACCUCGAGGACAACCGGUUUACAGGGAGGAUACCAGAGUUUCCACAGCAGGAUUGGAAAGAGUUGAGCUUCGCUUAUAAUCAAUUUGAGGGACCCAUACCCGCCAGCCUUAGCAGGAUUGAUCGAAGCGCAUUCUUAGGAAACAAAGACUUGUGUGGACCGCCUCUUGGCUCGUGCAAGUCCUCAUCAAACAAGAAGAAGCACAUCAUAUUAAUUGCCAUAAUAGUUACGGUCGUAAUAGCUGCAAUCACCUUGAUUUUGUUCCUCUGCACCCGCCGAACCAAAAGCUCGGCCACAAAAGUCUACGAGCAGUUUGGCGCAGCCGCCGGUGACACGGCUGAGACACGUAGUGAUCAUAGCAGCCACGGCGAUGGUGGCUACAUGAAAGGAGGCGAGAAAGGCAGCUUGCACUUUGUGAUGAAAGAAAGAGAGAGGUUCGAGAUGGAAGACCUGCUUAGGGCCUCAGCUGAGGUUCUGGGCAGUGGGAGCUUUGGGUCCUCAUAUAAAGCACUUCUUUUAAGUGGACCUGCCAUGGUUGUGAAGAGGUUUAGUCACAUGUACAAUGUGGGGAGGGAGGAGUUUCAUGAUUAUAUGGCCAAGCUUGGAAGGUUGUCACACCCUAAUCUACUACCUCUUGUUGCAUACUAUUACAGGAAAGAAGAGAAACUAUUGAUAUCUGAUUUCGUUGAGAAUGGAAGCUUGGCUAGUCAUCUCCAUGGUAAAAGACCUGUUGGGAAGGCAGGGCUAGACUGGCCUACUCGUCUGAACAUAAUCAAAGGAAUUUCAAGAGGGCUAAUAUACCUAUACAAAGGGUUUCCAGACGUAGCCCUCCCCCAUGGCCACCUCAAAUCCUCCAACGUCCUCCUCGAUCAGAACUUCACCCCGAUCCUCACCGAAUACGCCCUAGUCCCUCUCACCAACAAGGACCACGCCCACCGACUAAUGGCCGCCUUCAUGUCCCCCGAAUUCUCCUCCAAUAAUCGUGACCGUCGGGUCUGUAGAAAGACCGACAUUUGGAGCCUCGGGAUUCUCAUUCUCGAGAUUCUCACAGGAAAAUUCCCCGAAAAUUUUCUGAAACCUGCCGACGGGAAGAGGUCAUCGGCGACCGAUCUAGCGGCAUGGGUGAACUCGGUGGUCCGGGAGGAGUGGACUGGUGAGGUGUUCGAUAAAGAGAUGAGAGGCGGCGAGGGCGAGAUGCUGAAACUGCUGAAGAUAGGAAUGAGUUGCUGCGAGAGGAGGGUUGAGCGGCGGUUGGAUUGGCGGGAGGCGGCGGAGAGAAUCGAGGAGCUGAGGGAAAGAGAUACAGAAGAAGAUUACUCCUCCUACGUCACUGAUUGGGAUGUUUUGAGUGACGAUGGUUUUUCAUUCUCAGUCAAACAUUGA